AUGGUGCCUGCCCAGGAGGAGUCUUCCUCGGGGCUCGUUAUGAACUCCAGUCCUCCGCCUCAGGGGGGCGUCUCCUCUCAGCCCUCCGAGGGACCCGAGACACCAGCGGAGAAGGAAGAGGUGACGGGGUCCCCUAGUCGAGCCACGCACGUACCCCCCGAAGGCGGCUGGGGCUGGGUAGUGAUGCUGGCCGCCAUGUGGUGCAACGGGUCGGUAUUCGGUAUCCAGAACGCGUGCGGGGUGCUCUUCGUGUCCAUGCUGGAGACCUUCGGCUCCAAAGAGGACACGGCGAUGGUGUUUAAGACAGCUUGGGUGAGUUCACUGUGCAUGGGAAUGAUCUUUUUCUGCUGUCCUAUAGUGAGUGUAUUCACAGAUAUAUUUGGAUGUCGGAAAACAGCUGUUGUUGGGGCUGCUGUUGGGUUCAUUGGACUUUUGUCUAGUUCUUUUGUAAGCUCCAUCGAGCCUCUCUAUCUCACAUAUGGAAUUAUAUUUGCCUGUGGUUGUUCAUUUGCAUAUCAGCCAUCGUUGGUCAUUUUGGGACAUUAUUUCAAGAAACGCCUGGGACUGGUGAAUGGCAUCGUCACUGCUGGCAGCAGCGUUGUCACAGUAUUACUCCCUUUCAUCUUAAGGGAACUGAUUGAUAAACUGGGCUUGUUUAAUACACUCAGAGUUCUAUGCAUCUUCAUGUUUGUCCUGAUUCUAGCUGGCUUUACCUAUAAACCUGUAAAUUCCAUUGCCAAAGAUAAAGACAGUGGGAAGAAAGGAGAAAACAAAUUCUUUCUCAUUUCCAGGAGAAAAUUCAGCCCUCCCAAAAAAGUCUUUAAUUUCUCCAUCUUCAAGGUUACAGGUUAUUCUGUCUGGGCUGUUGGAAUCCCCCUUGCACUUUUCGGAUAUUUUGUGCCUUAUGUUCAUUUGAUGAAUCAUGUAAAAGAGAGAUUUGCCGAACAACCAAAAAAAGAAAUCGUCCUAAUGUCCAUUGGGAUCACUUCAGGAGUUGGACGAUUGCUCUUUGGCAGAAUUGCAGACUUUGUGCCUGGUGUUAAAAAGGUUUACUUACAGGUAAUCUCCUUUUUGUUCAUUGGUUUGAUGUCUAUGAUGAUUCCCUUGUGUAGUGUCUUCUGGGCACUCAUAGCCGUCUGCCUCAUCAUGGGUCUCUUUGAUGGAUGUUUCAUCUCUAUCAUGGCUCCCAUUGCCUUUGAAUUAGUUGGACCCCAAGAUGUCUCCCAAGCCAUAGGAUUUCUGCUUGGAUUCAUGUCUAUACCUAUGACUGUGGGCCCACCCAUUGCAGGUUCACUCCGGGACCACCUAGGUUCUUAUGAUGUGGCCUUCUACCUCGCUGGGAUCCCACCCCUACUAGGAGGAGCUGUGCUUUGUUUAGUCCCAUGGAUCCAUGAAAAACGGAAGCAAAAAGAAAUGAGCCUUGAAGGAGGGGAGAAGCUGGAGAAAAUGUUGGAGAACCAGACUAGUCUGCUUUCAAGUUCAUCUGGAAUCAUUAAGAAAGACUCUGAUCCUGUUUUUUAAUGCUCCAGGCUUCUGCUAGACUGGACUUGCUUUCCAAAGUUACAGCAAGUUUUCUUUUUUUAUGAAUUAAAAAAAAUUUUUAUAGCAUUAUAGGAAUAGCACUAGACAGGGAAAACACGAUCACUACCAAACAAGAACCCUUUCUUACAAUAAUUUUCUGAUAUUUCUGAGUCUGAAGGCAGGGACAUUGGUACUAAAAAAAUCAUGGCUUGAAAUCAAAUCUUGUCCCUGAGAAAAAAAAUCUAGGCUUCUCACAGGAAAAUCAAGUUCUGGAAACUGUGAAAGCUAUUUACAUGUGUAAAGAUUAUAAAUACCUCAAGUUACACUGGAAGGGUUGCAGUCCGAUUAGGACUGGAAGGAAAUCUUGCGUAGCCUCUAAACUAUGGUACUGAUCAUUUCUGGUAUCUCUGUUUUUAACUUCUGAUGCUAUAUUAAAUAAUUUUUAAAAAAUAAA